AUGGAAUCCCAACUUCGGUAUAACAGCCUGGGAAAUUGCAAUCAGUACCAAGAGAGUACCCUAGAUGCUGAGGCCACCCUCCUCCUGAUAUUGGGCCUCAUCCUGUUUGUCAACAUUGGGAUCAACCUGACAACUAUGAUGUGGCACAGGCUCCAGAAUGUCCUAGAUAAGAUGCUCUCCUGGAUUAAUCCGAAAAGUGAAACCACCAAGCCUCCUGAAAGUUGCCCUAAAGACCAACCAGCCAAGGCCCAAGACCUCCACAUCCACUGCACCCUGGACCCUGUAGAAGUGAAGAUGGCUCAGUCUACUUCUUCUUCUUCCUCAUCCCACCAACUCCAAAAUCUCUCCUUCGAACGCCACUGCCGACCCCCUCGCCGCCGCCACCACCACCACCACCGCCAAGACCACCAUCACCGCCAAGACCACCACCACCGCCAAGACCACCACCGCCAAGACCACCACCGCCCACACCGUCGCUACCCCCGACACACCUGUCCCCACCACCGUCCCUGCAGCCACCAGCCAAAGCAUUUUCCCCAGAAUGGCUCCGUUUUCCAUAGUAAACAACACUGUUACAGGAAGUUGCAUGCACCCUCCUCUAAUGGGGAAGACCUGGAGUUCUACCUGGAGGAUGACUUGGCAUACCCACGUCCCAAGAAGCCACAGAGACCCUGGGGGGGCCUCUGCAAGCGAUUAGACCUGGCCUCUAACAUGGAACUGUGGGGCCGUAGCGGGGGGAUCCUGGCCAGCCUGCCACCACCCUCUCUUUACCUGUCUCCUGAGUUGCGCCUCAUGCCCAAGCGUGUGGAGGCCAAGUCUGAGCUGAGGAUGCAGGCUUACAGGCCCCACUCCUCUCAGUCUCACAUCUGGGACAAUGUGGAGGCUGAGCAUUGCACCCCAUCUCCACCACCACCUCCCCGGCGGCUGUCCCUUAACCCUUCCUGUGCCCCUGGAACACACAGCCCAUACCCCUCAAGAGGCGAGGUUCUGCAUGAUUCCUGGCAUCAGCGGAGGCAUUGUCAGCAAAGCUCUGAGGUUCCCUCUGCCCUGGUACCCCGGGGGUCCCGGCCUGAGACCCGGGAGCACCACUCCCCACAUUCCCACCGGAGGAGCCUCCCCAGCUCGACUUACUGUCAGCCCCACCGCAGCCCCCACUCCUCCAUGGCACACUUGAGCCACAACACCCGGGAACCCCAUGACAUCCGGCGGCGGACAUCGGAAUGGGCUGAGGCGCUGCCUGCUCGGCACUCUCUGACCACCUCCACCUCCCUCAACAUGUUGAAUGAGCUCUCAAGCCCAAGGGGCUCGAUCCCCAGUUCAGUCGUGCCCCCCCAAUCUUCCCAGCCCUUGCCCGAAGCCCAGACUGCUGAGCCUCCCACACCUGCACCUACCUUCACGCCACUCAGCCGGAGCCCAGGGGAUAAAGUCAACCACCAGGUGUAUGACAGCCUGGAAUUGAAGCGGCAGGUGCAGGAGAGCAGAGCACGGGCCAACUCACUGCCAUCACCCUCCUCUUUGGCCUCCAGACCCUCUCUGCAACGGAGCCGGAACAUGAAACUCAAUUAA